CUACAACAUUGACGAUCCUUAUGUCGAAGCAUAUAACAGCAUGGCCAAAUCAGAGAUUGAUGAUAUAUUCGCGGGUUCGAGCAGUAAGGGAAAGUCAGAUGUGACUAAACCCAACGGAAAGAAGCUGCAAGAGGUCGGGAAGAAGAGCGAAAAGAAGGACAAGUCAGAUUUGACAAAGCCCAACGGAAAGAAUCUAGAUGAGAGCGGGAAAAAAAGCGUAAAGAAAAGUGGAAAGGUGGCAGAUGCACAACCCAACACAAAGUCAAAACGAAAAGCGCCUGAGACCGUUGUCGACCCAUCCAAAGCGCUAGAAACAGCAGCUUCCACUUCAGCCAAAAAGCAAAAGAAGGGUAAGAGUUCUACUAGUGGAAUAUCUGCUGAAGAUGAAGAGUUUCGGGAUUCAAGAGGGACCACUAGACGGAAAACCGAAGAUGGCUUUUCGAUCUAUUCCGAGAAAGAGCUGAAGUUGGAUCAAGGUGGAGAUACCAACGCAUGUCCAUUCGACUGUGACUGCUGUUUCUGAUUCGGUUUUUCGGAUCAAGUUGUACUUUUAAACGGCAUACUGUAUUAUAUCAAAUUCACUAAAUCUCCUGAUGCAUGAGACACAUCAUUCUCCACCCACGCACAUUCACUAAAUUCUGCCCUUCCCUUAUCACGAACCUCGUCAUUUCUCCCAAAACGAUGGUACGCUCAUUAGAAGGGCAAAGAGCAAUUUGUACAAUACAAGAAAUAGCCUGCUUUCGCUAUCACUCUCAGGGUCUUCAGCCCGAUGAGGAGUCAUAGAUAGUAGCUCGCAUACAUUCAAUUGAAAAUCGUAAUUGAUAU